UUCUGCGAUAAUCAGACCAUUCCCGGAAAUUGUUCUUGGCCGGCAUGACUGGCACGCACCCGAUCUGACACGUGAACGCACGUGUAACGUCAUGUGUCAAGUGCGUGACCGCGAGUCACGCGCCUACUGAAAAACUUUCCAAAAAUUCAUGGCCACACCAAAACCAUCACCAAGCAUGUUGAGACCCAUGUUCAAGUUGGUCAGGCCGGCCACCCCUCAGGCGUUCCUCACGCCCAGCCGUCUCUUCUCCCAAUCCCACAUUGCUCUCAAACCAAAUACCAAAGACACCCAGAAAGACAGCAAAAGAAAGCUCAGAAAGCAACAGGCGAUCAAGGCCAAGAACAAGCAAGCCCCAGAGUUGCAUCCCCUCUACAUGGACGUCCCAGGUGCCAUGAGAUACUUGAGGGCUGCUGAAGUCGGACAGCCCGCAAAGAAGACCACCGUGUCCAUCCUUAUGACCGUGUUACCUGAGAAGGGUUCCAAGCCCUUACAAGGCUCGGUAUACUUACCAAAGCCAAUCAAAGAUAACCACGUGAUGAUUUUCAGUUUACAACCAGAGGUCGUCGAGCAGGCCAAGGCCCUCGGUGCCACCUACGCCGGAGGAUUGGAAUUAAUCGAGGAAAUCAAGGAAGGAAAGGCCAAGUUGGACAACCUUACUCAUGCAUUUGCAACCCCUGAUAUUGUCAAGGACUUGAAGGUGAUUGCCAGACAGAUCGGUCCCAAGGGUUUGAUGCCCAGUGCCAAGAAGGGUACUGUGUCGGAGGAUAUCCCCACCUUGAUGAAGCAGUCUGUGGGUGCGUUACCAUUCAAGCAAAAGGAUCAGCACUUAUCGAUCCCAAUAGGAAGAUGCGACUUCAGCGAUGUGGAAAUCAUCGAGAACUUGAGAGUAGCAUCUAAAGCCAUUUACGAUUCACAGCCACCAGGCACCAGAAAGCCCAACAUUAUCGGACAAACUUGUUUGAGUUCCACCAUGGGUCCUUCCCUCGUGAUUAAUUUCAGAAACUUUUGACUUGUACAUAGAUAACGUCAUCAUAGAACAAAUAAAAAUGAGCUAGCAAUGCUAGCCGAAGUACAGGCCGUAGAACAAGUGGAACGGUGUAUUGCAAGUAAUUUUGGGGGACAAGUAUCCCUUCCAGCCGCAUUUCAUACCAGGCCUAUUGCCAUGGUUAAUUUAACAGCACUUUCUGUGGUGGGCCUCCAGUGGAAAGGAGCCGUUUACUUAUCAAUUAAGACAGAUUCGGUUACUCUUAUGUCAUCUUUGUAAAAAUGACUUCGUGUUUUCCAAUUUCAAUUGAAAGGGAAUAUUAUCGUAGUUUUGAUUUGAAGUAGCAGACUAAUGAUUUUACAAUA